AUGUCUCAACAAUCCACUGCUGUUAAAGUCUUUGACCAUACUCAAUUAAAUGAUACUCAUACUCCUCAACAAGUUAUUGUUGAAUUGAUGAAACUUUAUUAUACUCAAGGAUGGGUCAGUGGUACUGGUGGUGGUAUUUCAAUGAAAAAAGAUGGUAAAAUUUAUAUUGCUCCUUCCGGAAUUCACAAGGAAAGAAUUAAAGAAGAUCAAAUCUUUGUUAUGGAACAAGACCCAGAAGUUCAAGUUGUUGAUAUUCAAUCAUGCCAACAUUUAAAGACUGUUUAUUCACCAAAUGAUAACGGUUAUAAUUUCAAGAUUUCUGCUUGUCAACCACUUUUCCAAUUGUGUUAUGAUGUUAGAGGAGCUGGUGCUGUUAUUCACUCUCAUGCUUUAUCUGCAAUGUUAGCUACUUUAAUUUAUGAUAAGGAAUUUAAAGUUACUCAUUUGGAAAUGAUUAAAGGAAUUCGUGGACAUGGUUUCUAUGAUGAAUUAGUUGUUCCAAUCAUUGAAAACACUGCUUUUGAAAAUGAAUUGGCUGGUUCAUUGAAGGAAGCCUUAGAAAAGUAUCCAAACACUUUUGCUGUUUUAGUUAAGAGACACGGUGUUUAUAUUUGGGGUAAGGAUUGGGUUGAAGCCAAGACUCAUGCUGAAGUUUAUCACUAUUUGUUCGAUUGUGCUGUUAGAAUGAAACAAUUAGGCUUUGAUGCUUCUUCUAAGCAAUAA